UUUGUAAAGAUGUAGAAUUUAGAUUGAUAAAUAGUUAAAGUCUCGUGACGUCACAUUCUACCAUUUUGGAUUUGCACGAAGCCUCGUGGUCACAUACCGGUCAGAUAAUAGGAGUCAGCUGUUAGCACCUCAUCACAUUAGCCAAGAUGAAUCCCGAUAAGUUACAAAAGCUCCAGAAGCAGGUCAGAAUAGGUGGUAAAGGUACUAUCAGGAGAAAAAGGAAGGUCCUCCACAAAACCGCAACCACAGACGACAAGAAAUUACAGACAUCGUUAAAAAAAUUAGCUGUAAAUAAUAUACCAGGUAUUGAAGAGGUAAAUAUGAUCAAAGAUGAUGGUACUGUGAUUCACUUCAACAACCCUAAAGUUCAGGCAUCAUUAGCAGCCAACACGUUUGCAAUCAGUGGGCAUGCUGAGAACAAGCAGCUAGCAGAGAUGCUCCCUAGCAUCAUCAACCAAUUGGGCAUGGAUGGUACAACUUUUGGAAGUAAAAUGCCAGAUAGCAUGCCCGUAGAAGAGACAGGAGGCAAGGGAACCGUAGUUAAACCAGACACUAUUGAUGAGGAGGAAGAGGAUGUACCGGAAUUGGUUGGAGACUUUGAUGCCCUGUCCAAGCAGGAGUCCUAAGAGAGUCCCUAAAACACGGGACUACUCUUAACAAGACCAGCUUUGCGGUGAGACCAGCCAAGCGUGGAAACAUUCUCAAGAAUUUGAUCUAUUACCGGACUUUCUUACUGUUGCCCAGAGCCUGGGCCAGUUUGGACUUCUGUCAGGCACAGAACUGACAUUUGUUUUCAUCCCAUUUAUCAAGAGGAGCAAAGUUUUGAGCUCUUUUUUGACCCCCUUAGUCGAGGGAGAGAUACCUCGUCAUUCUUUCUAUGUAGACGGCCUCCAUGGAAUUUCCGUCCAUGGAAUAUUUUUCUCUCAAUACAAGAUUUUGUUCAUGUUCUUCGCAAGUACAUGGUAUUUUUUCCCUAGAAGUUCAUGGAAUAUAAAACAUUAAUAAUUAAAAUGAGAAGUAUAAGUUUUCUCAUAUUGGGCCGAUACAAGCCAUGAUAGUGUUAUCAACUUCAUACAGUUAUCGGAUACAUUAACGCAUAUAAUUUAAUUGUUCACGAGAGAAAAUACCUCGGAUUCGCUCCACUACAAAGAAUGUAUUUCAAAAGAAACACUCCUCACAGGCCAUGUCUUCAAUUGGUUGGUGCGAACCCCUAUAUCUAGUAUCAUUUGCAAUAUCAGGUGGAUUCAUAACGUUCUUGAAAUCGUGAAUAAUUCAAGAAGUUGGCAUUACAAUCCAUAAAUUCCAAUGCAAAGAUUUGUUUAGUUUCAGUUGUAGUUAAGAAUACAUUGUAUUUAAUAUGUUACAUCCAAUCCUUGGUAUUUAGUUUGUAUUCUAAUUUUCCCAUUUACAUGUAUGUGUAAUGUCUUGGUGUUAAGGACUGGAGGUAGUUCAUUGCUCAAAAAAUAAGUUUGUGAGGCAAUUUUAUUGCCAGAUCAGCACCAAUACCUGUUUUUAUGAACUUGUUAAAUUGGUCUCUUCUUUUGGAGCUUAUGAAAAAUUAUCAUUGAAGCAAACCCAUCACCAUCCCCCCCAUGAAAUUCCACUGUCCUGGGCAGUUCGUUGGUCAUAGUUCACUGAUGGGAAUUAGUAGUUGAAAUUCUGUAGUCCACAUUCGACUACAUGUAUAAUUGAUUUCAUUGCUGCGGUUAUACUUGAUCAAAAGCUGAAUGUUGCAAAUGAUUUUAAACGUGACUGAGGCCCAGCGCCAGGCCUAUUGGCAAAUUGGUUAAAUAUAGGCCCUUGGGUUUAAAUUUAUUCAA